CGGCCAUCCCCGAAAAUUGACUGCCAGAGCGGGCGUGAUAUUUUCGAGAUUCAUUUUCUGAACGACGUCUCCUCAUCGCAUCUGACGCUCAUCGCGCUUUCGAGUGACCCUCUACCGUCCGAACCUUUUUCGAAAGCUCUUGCGGUAGCCUCUUUCCACGGCUCCGAUUUCCAAUAAACUUAUCAACACAACUUCAAUCCACAUAUCAUAAUGGCUUUCGGUGGCCCUCGAGGAGGAGGUCGCGGUGGACCUCGUGGUGGUGGUGGUGGUCGCGGUGCUCCCCGUGGCGGCGCUGGUGGCCGUGGUGGUGGUCGAGGUGGCUUCGGCGGUGCUCCCCGUGGUCGUGGAGGCGGUCGUGGUGCUCCUCGCGGUGGCCGUGGUGGCCGCGGUGGUCGCGGCGGUGGCCGUGGUGGUGCUAAGGGCGGUGCUAAGGGUGGUGCCAAGGUCAUCAUCGAACCUCACCGUCACGCCGGUGUUUUUGUUGCCCGCGGUGGUAAGGAAGAUUUGCUCGUCACCAAGAACUUGACUCCUGGCGAGGCCGUCUAUGGUGAGAAGCGCAUUGCGGUUGAGUCUCCUGCGGGAGAGGAUGGUGCCGUUACCAAGACCGAGUACCGUGUCUGGAACCCCUUCCGUAGUAAGCUGGCUGCCGGUAUUCUCGGUGGUCUGGAUGACAUCUACAUGCGCCCUGGCUCCAAGGUGCUCUACCUUGGUUCCGCCAGCGGUACAUCCGUCAGUCACGUCGCUGAUAUCGUUGGACCGACCGGAAACGUCUACGCUGUCGAAUUCUCCCACCGUUCUGGCCGUGACCUGAUCGGCAUGGCUACUCACCGCACCAAUGUCAUCCCCAUUGUUGAGGACGCCCGUCACCCUCUGCGCUACCGUAUGCUCGUCCCCAUGGUCGACGUUAUCUUCGCCGACGUUGCCCAGCCUGACCAGGCCCGUAUUGUCGGCCUGAACGCCCACAUGUUCCUCAAGUCUGGCGGUGGUGUCAUCAUCUCCGUCAAGGCCAGCUGUAUCGACAGCACAGCCAAGCCUGAGGUUGUGUUCGCCCGCGAGGUCCAGAAGAUGAGAGAUGAGAAGAUCAAGCCCAAGGAGCAGCUGACUUUGGAGCCCUUCGAGCGAGACCACUGUAUCGUCUCCGGUAUCUACAAUCGUUCGUCGUAAAAGCCAAAAGCAGGGUCCUUUAUAACGGUUUUUCUUUUUCCUUCUCAUGUCUUAAUCUUGUGCUCUGUCCUGGCGUCGAGUGUGCUACGAUUUUUCUUGAUCUGUUUCGCUUUUUGUUCAAUGUCAGGAAUUUAGAUGUGUUUCUGGACAUGUAACGUGCAUGGAGUUAAUUCAUUUUCUCUCUUCAAUUUC